AUGGCAGCGGAGCGCGGCGCAGGGCUGAGCAUCUUUCGUGACAUAUUAAGAAGAGCAGACAAAAAUGAUGAUGGAAAACUAUCCUUCAAUGAAUUCAAAGCUUACUUUGCUGAUGGAGUCCUGAGUGGAGAAGAACUGCAUGAACUUUUUCAUGCCAUCGAUACGCACAAUACUGACAAUCUUGACACAGAAGAGCUAUGUGAAUAUUUCUCCCAGCACUUAGGAGAGUAUGGAAAUGUUCUGUCUGUCCUGGAAGACUUAAACAUCACCAUACUGAAGGCAAUGGACAAAACAAAGAAAGACUAUCAGGAAGCUUCUAAUUUGGAGCAGUUUGUGACUCGCUUUCUUUUGAAGGAAACACGGAAUCAGCUUCAGUCCCUCCAGACCUCUCUGGAGUGUGCCGUGGAAACCACAGAGGAGCAGACUCGGCAAGAAAGAGAAGGCCCAACAAAACCAGAAGUGCUCUCAAUUCAAUGGCCAGGAAAACGUUCAGCUCGAAGGCUUCAAAGAAACAAUAGCCUAUCGCCAAUCAGCCCGCAUUUUAACACAGGUUGGACUGAGGAAGACAAUCAGUGGAUAACCCAGAUAAACAGACUCCAAAAGCUGAUUGACAGGCUGGAAAAGAAGGACCUAAAGCUUGAGCCAUUUGAAGAAGAAGUUUUAGAAGAAAAUGCAAGAUCUCACAUAAUGAUUGUUCAACGUCAAAUGUCUGUGCUAGAAGAAGAAAUAGAGGCAUUCCGGCUCGCUCUGAAACAGUACGUGGACUCUGCUUCUGCUCAGGGUGGCUGCUUGCACGUUUCCAUACAGAGGCUUCCAAAUGAUUCCCGCUUCGUCAUUUAUGAGUUCUGGGAGAACAGCAGUACCUGGAAUAGCCACCUUCAAAAGAAAUACAGCAAGACAUUCCAAAGAAAUAACGUGGACUUCUUGAAAACUCCAGAACUCACCGCAACAAUGCUAGUCCCUGCAUCAUGGUGGGUCCUCAAUAACAACUAGAAGCUGUGGUUCCAAGUAAUGUUAAUGGCACACCAUUAUGUUUCUCGUUACAGCAACAUUCAUAUAGGAGUAUAUAGUUACCCUGGGUAAGAGAUUAUGAUGUGAUAGUUUGUCAUUAUAGGUGUGAUCCUUCCAUUUUAAAAUAUGAAGUCACACAUUCUCUUCUUGUGACUAGCUCAGUGAAACAACGCAUUCUAAGAACCAGAACAGAACAACCGUGCUAAAUUGUUUUCUGUGUACAUUCAAUACAGGACAUAUGAUCAGAGAAAUGUCUUGACUGAUGUGACUAAGUAUUUGUGAAUAGUUUUAGCCUUACAUUAAUAAACAGUUGCUACAUCAC